AUGGAGGCAUGUUCGAGUAGUUUUUCUGCCAUAGCACCACUGGUAUUUGAUGGGGAGAACUACCAAGCUUGGGCUGUAAAGAUGGCAGCCUACAUGGAGGGCAGUGACUUGUGGGAAGCAGUAGAGCAGGAUUAUGAAGUAGCCUCUCUUCCCGACAAACCAACCAUGAAUCAAAUCAGAAUCAUGAGACUUGGUUCUGCAAAGGAAAUUUGGGAUUUUCUUAAAACUGAAUAUGAAGGAGAUGAGAGGAUUAGAGGUAUGAAAGUCCUUAACUUGAUGAGAGAGUUUGAAAGGCUGCAAAUGAAGGAUGAUGAGACUGUGAAGCAAUUUGCAGACAAGCUUGUGGAGAUAGCAAACAAGAUAAGGGUGUUAGGGACUGAUUUAAGUGAUAGCAGUUUGGUACAAAAACUACUUGUUUCAGUGCUAGAGAGAUAUGAGGCAACAAUUGCCUCUCUUGAGAAUACUAAGGAGUAG